AUGGAUGACCUGACAACGUUCUUAAACAGUGUCGAGUCGAGUGCACGAAAGAUUCUUAAAGAACAGAAUAAAAAGCAGCAACAACAAGCUAUAAGAGAUCGUGUAGCACUAAUUAAAGGGUCAACGAAAGCUGCUAAGCCGAAUCAAUCAAGUAAUCGACCCACACGAGAUGAGUUGCGAGUCACGUAUGCAUCAGGUGGCACUCUCAUUUUCUCGGCUCCAGAAUCGCCAACAUUAAGCAAUCAGCGCUCGCCGAAUCUUUUUAAUAAUGAAGUAGAUGACUUAAACUUACCAAAAUUGCCGCCACCACGCUCUCCAAUUGCUUCGAUUCCACCUGGAAGCAUCUAUAAGCCAUUGAAUUUACCAGCGAUUAAUCGAAGUAGUAAACCGUCAAGCAAAUUGCAUCUCAAAUGCUCAUCGACGCUCAAGUUGCUCGAGUCUCCAUUGUAUAAAUCUCUUACGGCACUUCGAGCAGAUGCAGGAAGUGGAGGGACAAAAUCACCUGGACAGAAGUUAAAGAAGACGCUGCAGACGGUGGAUAAUGUCGCUUUAUUAUUUCGAAAAAUGGGACUACAUGAUUCAAUUGGAGCAGCGUCUUCUGCUCAUCGAGCAGAUCAUGCAGUCGACAAGCGAAUGUGCAACGCUUGUUGGGCCACACCUGACAAAGUCACGGGCUGUGAAGUUCACUCGCGAGUGUAUCCGACUGGCAAAGGUGGAAAACAAAUUGAUGGGGAAGCUGUUGCAUUAAUGACAAGUCUGGAACUUCAAGGACCGACGAGUUGGCUGUCGGAUGAUUUAUAUAUCAUGUAUCGUAGUGAAACAAAUCGUGAGAAGGCAUGGUUUGCGUAUUUAUCACUUCAGAAGUCCCAGGAAGAGAUGAAGAUGCAAGAAGUCGUUGACACAAAGAAAGUUAGUCUUGCUGUGAUUCCUAAAGUGUCACGACAUCCAAUUUGUGAGCUAUUUGAAAAGCUACAAUGUCUUGAAAACAUGAAUGUUCAAACUGAGACUUACAAGCGCAAUUUGACGAAAACAUUCAUCUUUGACGUUAAUCAUAUCUGGCUGACCAAUCUUGAUCACUUUAACAAUCGUCUUGUAAAGCAUGAUGAAGACAGCAAAUAUCUUGAUUCUGAAAGACAUUCGCUCAGUGAUCGUCGAGACUAUCAAGCAAUACGAGAAGGAUACUCGCAAGUUCAAUCGAUUUCAGCUGAAAGAGCUUUAAAGCAUGUUGUGUCCAUCAAAGGCAGAGUGUUGAAUCAUCAAACCGAUAUGAUGUUGCAUUCUGAAUUCACCGAUCAGCAAAAUCCACCUAGAAAAAAAACUUGUUUUUAUCCACUGAGUUUGUUAUGUUGCGGCGAAUGGGACCCAGAAAGUCAACCGAAUGCUUUAGAUCAAGUACCUGGAGUGGCUCUUGUGGGAAAAGAACCUGUUUUGUGGUGGCGGUACGAUCCGGAUAAUCAAGGCUUUGAAGUAGGAGACUCACCGCCAGAGUACACCAAGACUGUGGGUCUUUUCAAACGAGAUAACAAACUAUCAUCGUCCAACUCUAUCGUUGUCAGGCUUGUACUUGCAUUAGACACUCCAAUCUUAGCGCCGAAAUGUUUUGUAUGGCAUGUGGACUCCGAGAUGCCACCUAUGGAGCCUGAGAAUGUGAUUGAUAACGGCAUCAUUCGGAUCGUUCCGGUCACUUCACCCUGUCCUAAAACCUUGCUCAGUUCACCUUUAGACUCAAUUUUAGACGGAUUACUUCCUAGUACUAUCACACUCUUUAACAACAAAGCACAAGAAGAAGAUCAUUGGCUACAGCUGACAGAUAUUGUAGGACAUCGUCGUGGCUGGACCGAGUUUUCAGCUCGACAUUCUUUUCGGCAGUGGCUUUUACUGACCGAUGAAAGCACGUUAACUCCACAAUACGAUGUUGAUAUGCAACACUGCAGCAUCACUAUCGCCCACCCGAACGUUCCUGGUGUUUGUGGUCGACAUUGUUGGCAUGCAAUCGAUCCUAUUGUGAACUUUCUGUCCCGACGUCGUAUUGAGAAUGAUUUUUUAUACAUACUUCAGAACCACAAGACGAGUGGAUCAAAUGAAGCAUAUUGCUUUACUGUAAUCAUGAAUCACGAGGUGAUGGUCGAUGUGAUUGGUGCUCCGCUUUCGACUUAUUUGGCUAUCGAUGCAAACCGAGAAGCUCGUGUAGCUUACGAAGCGAAACUAUGCGAGAUUGAGCGAAAGCUGGCAAUAGGUCGACAGGCUUUGGAAAAAAAACGACAAGAACAAAGAAGAAUAGAGCAGGAACUCGAGUCCACUGCAGUUCGGGCUGAUAUUCGGAGCAAAGGGGGUUUGAAUGAUGCAGUGGAAGAAGCUGUAGCUUUGGAAUGGACUCAGAGACUAAAUGGAUCGAUUGUAAUCGAGCAGCAUGGACAUUGGGAAAUGCGAGAGAUCAUGGUGGAUGGUGGUGGCGUGGUGUUUUUUCAUUCGCUCAAUGAAAGUUUACCUGUAACCAGACGAUUUCUUUGGGAACGACCGCAGGACUGGGAGGCUAACAAAGAAUACGAUGAAAUGAUUAAAAGCAUCGAGACUACUGAAGAUUCGGAGCUUGAAACUUUAAAAUCUGCUACAGGGACUACGAUCGAAACGGGAAAACAAGUCAAUGUGGAAGCUCAGGAUAGAUUGGUGCAUUCGUUGUUAGAGGAUGAACACUUUCUACAGCAAUUAAAGAUUAAGUUAGGCUUGGAAUCUCAAGCAUUAGACGCAGCGCGUUUCGAACGACACAGUUGUAAUGUUCAAGACGAUGACCACGAGACUGCCGGCAAUUUUAAUAUCGAGCUGAACGAACGAACAGAAGAUGGUAUGAAGUCUUCAUUUUUAUCAAAAGAAAUGGCCAAGCUACAAUUUGAACAUGGAUUAGAGUCAUCUCAGCUCGUUAAAAAUCGUGCAGAAGGCUGGAAACGUCUCAAAACGUCACGAUUGCCCCCGAAUUUUGCUCGAAGUGUCUAUCGAACGCACACAGAAGGUCCUCGCUCAAGUUUUAUAAAUCAAACUAAUCAUGCCACUCCUGUUGGAAUGCUUGAUCCUGCCGACUGUUCUGUUCAUGACAUGCCUGACUUUAUUCCUGAGUUGCGUUCCCUUUUCGUAUCAAACCCGUCUGAAGAUUUAAAUGAAAAGAAAUUACGUUCUUUGCGUGCUCAAAAGACACCGGGAACACCAAAUUCUCGUGUUCGACGUGGAGCAAUAUCUGGUUUUGAGCUAGAAGAUGACUCUUUGGAGCUCGAAUUAAGUCGACAAAACGAUACGAAGGAACAGCGAGAGGCUCGUGCUGUGCUUUGUGCUCGUAACCACAAUCUCGAAGGCCUUGAAUUGAUACUAGAUCAAGGAGUGGACGUCAAUACCCGCGAUUAUCAUGGAAAUACGCUUUUUAUUCUUGCUUGUCAACAGGGUGACAAACGAUUAGCCAAAUUUUUACUGCGUCGUCGAGCCGACAUGAAUUUGCAAAAUUUGAAUGGCAACACUGCGAUGCAUUAUUUGUACGCAUAUAAACACAAUAGUCUUGCCGAAUAUCUCAAGAAGAAAGGAGCGAAAGAUACGACCCAGAAUGCUGCAGGCCUUACAUGCUAUGAAGGUCUCAGCCAGGACGAUGUAGAUGGUAUCUAA